AUGAACCUAGCAGAGACGGAAUUGACUAAGCAUAAAAACACAGGUGUGAAAAUUGCCACAAUCAAAUGUUUGCAAGUCAUUGUUAUCUUACUGUCAAAUACUUCUUAUCUACGAGCAGACCACAGAUUGUUAAAGAGUCAAGAACUAGAAAAAGAAGGAACAGAUGUGUUCAACCAUAUUCUUGAGGCAAUGAAAUCCGAUACCGAAUCAAUAAUUACAGCCACCAUAAGUUGUUUAACACUUAUUGUGAAGAAACGACCGCAAUUCAUCAAGCCAGUUAUUGAAGCAUUCACUACAUGGAAGAAGACACGACCAAAAGAGGAGUCGCCAAUAACCUAUCGAAAUGUAGACAAAGCUAUAAAACUCGCGUUUAUAUCACUGAUCAGAACGGAGUCACUAAUAACACACCGUUCAGAUUUGAUUUCAGCUUUUGGUAUGGUUGGAGGUAAUGUGGCAAUAUUUCAACGAAGAGACCAACAACGAUCCGAAGAAGCCGCGAGACGCAAAAGAGCAGCCUCUCAGCAUCAACAACAGGAUUCAGACCGUGCUGAUAAACGAGCCAAAACAUCAACGUCUCAAACUGAAUAUGUUAUACCUACAAAUUCGCAGAACAAUAUUCUUGCAAACUAUGAUAUAACACGGAUACCGUUGCAACAUGUAGUUCAAUUAUGUAUGACCGUGUUACAAAAUGUACCUAUUGAAGUUAUGACGGAAAGAGUUCAGUUAUUACCACCUGAAGGAGUCACAUUAGCAGUAAAUAGACCAGGAUUUAUCAGUGGAUCCAGCACACCUCCUUAUCCACCACCUUACGAUCAACCGAAAUACAUUAAUGAUACUCGUUUCAGAAGAGAGAAUGAUAUACCGGCCCAACAAGCGAAAUUGUCUGGGAAUGAAGCAGCAGAUUUUAUGAAUGACUAUCAACCUAGUAAGAAACUAGAGGGUAUGCUUGAUUCAGAUGAAGAUGAAGAAAUGCCGCAGAGUACAAGCAUAGAUGCAAGUUUGAGAGCUAAGAUUGCAAAAGAAGAAGAACAACUGAUGCGAUUAGAAAAAGAGGAUAGCAAACCUAAAGUAGAAUUACUCGCCAGUGUCGAAGAGAGAGCUAGCCAAGCAUUGAAACUGAAGCCGUAUGAAUUGGAUCGCCAACAAACAAUUCUAGGAAAUGCAGAAAAAAGAAAGCUCAUCAAAAUGUCAGUGGAUAGAAUACUACAGGCCGGAGUUUUGUUUGAUACAAAUUUAGUACUCAAUAGUACAAAUAUGAAAAGUAUUUGGCUUAUGCUCAUCAGUAAAUUACUGACAAAGGGUACAAAUAUAAUGGAUAUUGCUGAUGCUACAGAAUGUAGCAAAAAAAAGGAUAGUGAUGAAGAGAUGAUGGAGGACAAAAAGGCAAUCACUAUUCAUGACGACGAGCAUGAGGAUUUAUUGGAAACAUGUAUACCAAAAUUAGAUGCCAAAGAUCGUAAUUUAACAAAAUUAGUGCUAGAAGCGCCUGACGUGGAUAUUACCGUAAUAGACAUGAUAAAGAAUAAUCUAGAGACUGUCUCUGAACGGUUUGUAUCUUGUGUUUCAACUCUGCGUAGCUUAGUCACCAAUCGACCGACUAUACGUUAUGCGGCCCUAGAUGUCCUUCUUAAUUUGUGCAUUAAUGAGGAUGACAAAAAGAGACGGACAAGCAUCGUGGCUGUGAAAAAGUGGAAUCCUAAUCAAGCCGAGAUUUUUGAAAGAGUAGAGAAAUUCUCCAUUGAAUCCUUACAUAAUUUAACCAAACCGAUCAAGGAACAACAGCAAACAAACAAUGAUGACGAUGCAAAUAAUGACUGGACAGAGAAGGACGUAGUGAGAUUUGCCGAACUCUUUUUCGUCCUAUGCACUCGACGACCGGUGCUUCUUAAAGAGCUAUUUGAUGUCUAUAUAAAAGCAUCGAAUAAAGUGAAGAAGCUGAUUCAACUUCACAUUGUAAGUAUGAUAAAAUCCAUUGGCAUGCGUUCGCAAGAUCUCGUAAGUCUCGUUAAGGAAUUCCCUAUUGGCGGAGAAAGCUUGGUGAUAAGAAUUUUGUCUAUUUUAUGCGAAUCGAAACCGCCUACACGUGAGAUUGUAGCCACCGUUCAAUCUAUCAGUAAUUUAGCAAGUGAGCGAUCAAUUGAUUUAACUAGUAUAUCGCCUAUUCUGUCAGGGAAAAGCCUCUCAACCGUGCAACAGCAGAAGCAGCCAGGAGGAAACAUACAAACAUAA